CCUUCUCCCCCACCCUCCCUUUCCUUCCCUCGCUCCACUCCGACCACAGCGCGUCCCAGAUUCCCCCAAAAACCGGGUUUUUUUAGGGGAAAAAGUACGGGGAAUCGUUCCCCACCCUUCCCCGAAGUGCACAUGGCAAUGAGCGAUGCCCGGUACAAGCUGCUUGGUGGUGGACAGUACCCAUCCGAGUGUGAUGAGGAUGCCCCAGCAACUCCUGCUCUUCCAGUUCCAUUCUGUCGUUGUGAACCGGGCAAUCAGCUGGCAGAGGUGAAGCAAUCGAGGCAUCCCAAGACGGCCGGUAGAGCAUUCAACAUAUGCAAGUGGAAUGAUUCAUUGAAUCCUUGCCACUGCUUUUUCUUUCAGUGGAUCGAUGGUCCGGAUAAGUUCGAUCCUAGAAUUCGGCUGUUCCCUUAUUAUCGGUCAGAGUCGUGGGCGUACAAUGAGUUUAGACGAUGGGUCCCUCCCCCACCAAAUCCAGCACCUAUGACAGAGGAAGAGAAGCAAGAAGCUGCUAUAUAUCGUGUGAACAAUCCUCCCAAAUGUCAUUGCGGUGUUCGUGCCAAACUUCAAAGGCCUAAUAUUGGUGUCCCUGCAAAGUUCACUCCCUUUUUUAGAUGCUCGCUAAAGACUAGAGAUGGAUGGCCGGCAUGUGACUUCAAUGAGUAUAUUUAUGGUCCUAGAUCUCAUUGGCCGACAGAAGAGGAAGUGCGAGAAUUUGAGAGUGGGAAGAAGCCAUGGCCAUGUACAACUACUCCUAGUCUUCGAUGCAAGUGUGGUAUUCUGGCCACAAAAGGCGUAGUUCCUUCUGAGCUUGGCUACGGAUAUUACUAUGGCAAUAGCUACGGAGAGUAUUGGGAGGGAAGGACAUGUGAUUGGGAGUGGUUCGAAGGCCGGUAUGAGCUAAUGUUGCAAUUGGGCAGAACAAAAGAGCCUUGGAAAUCUCGAGACACUUUAAAUAGAAAACUGAAGAUAAGGAAGGAUUACCAAGUUACUUUGCCCCUUGAGUCAUUUCUGUCAGGGUCUGUACUCCAAGACCUACGGCGUGAGUAUGGAAAGAAGGCAGCAGAAAAGGCGACUCUUGAGGAUUGCAUUGUUUAUUGGAGGAGGAACCGAAGCAAGAACCCACGGCCCCUCACAGAUAGGGAGCUUUUGGCAAAUUAUGAGAAGAAGGAGGAGGAGGAGGAGAUGGAGAGGCAGAGGUUAAGGGAGGAAAGAGCAAAGAAUGGUUUUACUGUUGAUCCGGAAGCUAAAUACCGAAAGGGUUCAUGGGAAGAAUAUUUUCAGAAAUUGGAGGCUAACAAGAGGAUGGAAGAAAUUGAAAAGAUGGAGGAUUUAGCUCAGGAGGCUCAGAUAGAGGCAAUGCAGGCCCUAGUUGCCGAUCUGCCACACAAGGUGCCCAACGUUGAGAACGAUGUGUCAUCCGCGAGCACGGAGGUUUUGGGUGUUAGAGCUACUCAAAUGGAGGCAAUGAAGGCACUUGUAGGAGACUUACCUGACCAGGAUCACCCGUCUGACAGGAAAGGAAAAGCAGUGGACACACCUGCAGUCGAUAACCAAGGGAAUAGUGCAGUGCAGGACAAAGGGAAGAGUGCUUCUGAGCAUGACCACGUUCCUGAUGAUGGAGAUGAUGACGAGUGGUGGUCAAUGAAUGCAGAUGAAGUAGAAGUCAUAGUGUCCCAAAUUGAGGUAAGACAGGGGAAAGCUGUAGUCCAAGAUGAUGGAGAUGAUGAUGAUGAUGGUUGGGGAGAGCUUUUGAUUGAAGGCGACUCAGAUUAGCUUGUUUUAUUUAUAAUUGUAUGGACUGUAUAUAUGAUUGGACUAUGUGUGUGACGGACUUUUUUUAUUGCUGGACUAUUUAUGUGCUUUACAUAUUCAUGUGGUUGUUGUA